AGAGGGUAUGCAUGUUGCGCACACCAUUGGUGCCAUUUGAUCUAAGCAUUUGGAUCGAAGCUCCACCGCGGACGGGUCUAAACUCGGGCGAGGCGGUCCGCGCACGGGUGGAGCGAACCCGUCCAUUCGAGGGGUUGAAGCCAUGGCUCCCUCGGAAUUGCGCAACAAGUUGAAGCGGACGAAGAUUUGCAGGUUUUGGGUAUUUGGACGGUGUGCCCUCGGAGAUGAUUGCAACUUCGCCCACUCCAAAGACGAUCUGCAAGAGCAACCAAACUUGGUUGCAACCGAGCUUUGCUUUCAAUUCAUGUCCAGGGGCACCUGCCGGAGAGGCGCCGACUGCACCUUCGCGCAUGGGGUCAGUGAGCUACGCGCGAUCGACGAGGACGUGCAAUGCCGCACAAUGAAGUUCAACAUGAAGCCGGAUGUGGGAGCAAUGCCCGAUCUGAACCACCUCCCAGCGCUUUUGUCUACUCAGAGUGGGCACGCGGCUCGUGCACACAAGAGCGGCUACGGUGACGGCAUCCGCCCACCUCCGGGGCUGCCGCCCCCUCGAGCUCCGAUGUCGCCGAAUGGGGUCCCAGAUUGCAAGGCGUCGGUGCCAAUGGCUUUCUGGUUCUAGACUUUUGGACGGCUUGGCAAGCACUGAGAGCAUACAUGGAGCGGAAGGUUUUGUAGAUACAUAUUUGCCUUCGACCUGCCUAGCUGCCUGAGUUUGAAGAGGUCAAAGUGCUCCUCUGGGGGGCGCUUAGGCCACAGAGGCAGCUUCGAAGGUUUUGGCAGUGCUUCUCACUGGAAGUGAUGUUGGCAUUUCCUUUGCUCAUUCUUCCAGUGCAUUGAAAUCCCGAGUUGCCUGUUAGUCAGGACUCACCUAUAUAUGAGCCACGGUCAGAAACAUGUGAC